AUCAAAAUGUCAGUGUCAUAUAAUAACAACAGCGAUAUUUAAUUUUUACCAACCAAUAUUGCUUUACAUAAGCGAUGGCCACUGAAAGAAUAAUUCCCUCACCAAAUACUUUGGUCAAAUAUGAUAACCCAGUUUUAGUGUCUAAACAUGAAGCAAAGCCGGGACCGUCUGGAGAAGAUGUAGGUAGAAGAGCGACUUUAACGGCAGAUGUAAAACGAGAAACUGAAGAGAUUCUAAAUACGAUCCUGCCACCAAAGGAAUGGGAAGAAGAAGGUCAAAUGUGGAGACAAUGUGUCUCGACAACUCCAGCCACAAGACUGGAUGUAGUGAAUUUACAAGAGCAACUAGAUAUGAGAUUGCAACAAAGACAGGCUAGAGAAACGGGUAUUUGUCCCGUGAGAAGGGAAUUAUAUACUCAAUGUUUUGACGAGAUUAUCAGACAAGUAACGAUCAAUUGCGCAGAACGAGGAUUAUUGUUAUUAAGAGUGAGGGACGAAAUGCGCAUGACCAUAGAAGCUUAUCAAGCUUUAUAUUGUAGCAGUGUAGCAUUUGGUAUGAGAAAGGCUCUACAAGCGGAGCAAGGCAAGUCAGAUCUCUUCGAAGACGUGGAGACUUUAAAGAAGGAAAAACAAGAUUUAGAGAAUCAAAUUACAGAACUAAAACAACGUGCCGAACAGGCCGACAGACGAGCAGCUGAAACUAGGUUAGCCGAAGAAAGGAAACAUACGGAAGAAAUAGCCUUUUUGAAGAAGACUAAUCAACAACUUAAGACUCAAUUAGAAGGUAUCUUAGCACCGAAGAAGUAGACAAGAAAUAAAAACGCCAGAGAAAAUAUAUAGUCAUUUAUUAAAAACGUGGAAUUGUUUUUUCCAAAGCACUUUCGUAUUAUAUUAGUUACAUGUAUAUAAUAUAUUGUCCCAUUCGCUAUAUCAACAUCUGCGCCGCCGUCUUCUACAUACAAGAAACAUAUAGUUAGUAAUGAAUAAACAAUAAUCGAAGAUGGCGGCGACGCAGACUCCAUUAUACAAUAUAAAAAAAGCCUUGGAAAGUUGUUUAUACAUCGAUAAAUUCAUCGUAAUAAAAAUAUUUAAGAUCUAUAAAUAUUUUGUACAAUAAAAAUAAUUUAGAAAUAUAUUUUAAAUAUAAUUUU